UGGCCCGGCGCAGCCGCCGUUCCAGUCCUUGCGCACGCGCAGAGUGAACUGGAAAGAAGGUGAAAAUGGCGCGGCCCCAGGCAGUGGCUCUGGGCGCCCGUUGGCUUCAAAGCGUAGCUCGGCAGGUGGUGCCGCUGGGGGCACGGACAGCCUCCCACAUGACCAAGGACAUGCUGCCGGGCCCCUAUCCUAGGACCCCAGAGGAACGGGCGGCCGCCGCCAAGAAGUAUAAUAUGCGUGUGGAAGACUACGAGCCUUACCCGGAUGAAGGCAUGGGGUAUGGUGACUACCCAAAGCUGCCUGACCGCUCACAGAGUGAAAGAGAUCCAUGGUAUGAAUGGGACCACUCAGACUUGAGGUUGAACUGGGGUGAACCGAUUCAUUGGCACCUAGAUAUGUUUAUCCGGAAUCGUGUGGACACAUCUCCCACACCUGUUUCUUGGAAUACCAUGUGUAAACAUCUCUUUGGUUUUGUGGCUUUCAUGGCGUUCAUGUUCUGGGUUGGGGAAAUAUUUCCCAGCUACCAGCCCGUGGGGCCAAAGCAGUAUCCUUACAAUAAUCUGUACCUGGAACGAGGCGGUGAUCCCACCAAGGAACCUGAGCCAGUGGUUCACUAUGAGAUCUGAGGUUUUUUGGACUCUUAUGUCCUCGAAGGAGGAUUCCUCAUUCCUAGAGAUUUAACCUUAAUGAAAUGCCCAAUAAAACUUAGUGCUCUGGUA